AUGAUUUUAUUUAUAUUCGGCCUAUGCAUUUGUACACUUAUUAUAAUCGGAUGGAAAUUAUUUCUAUCAUCACAAUCAAUUGAACAACCACCACAGGCUAUAUCAGAUAUUAUAGAACAGUCAGAAAAUGCAUCAUUCGCCGUCGAUGAUACCAUUCAAAAUGAUGAACUACAAACAUCACCAAUAAAUAUUAUCUGCGAUGCACAAGAUAAUAGCGUUGUUCCAAGUGUUCUAGAACAUUUACCAGAUGAAAUUCUACUAGAUAUUAUUAGUUAUUUAAAACCCUAUGAUAUCUAUCAUAGUCUACAUGAUCUUAAUAAUCGUUUCAAUUCAAUUAUCAGUGAUUUUCAACUCAGUUUAAAUAUGGACAUAUCACAUAUAUCAAAAAAUGAAUUUGAUUAUUGUCUUUCGUCAGUUUUGCCAUUACCAUCGGUUCUAUUACGCCUUCAUUCAUUACACAUAUCAAACGAUGAAACAUACGGUGCAAUAGCACUAUUUAUACGUCAAUAUCCAUGUUUACAUAUUCCAUCGCUCCGUUCGCUUUCGCUAACCGAUGCAACAAUGUCGCAAAUAAAAUUUCUUUUUCUACGUUUAUCUACGCAAAUUGAACAUGUAUCGAUUGUAACAAAUCGAACAAUAGAUAUGAAUGAAAAACGUUUACUAUGCCAAUUGAUAUUAAAACAUAAAACACUUCGUUCAUGUCGUUUAUCACUCUGUGAUGGUGUUGACUGUGAUGAAACAAUAUUAAAUAAUUCAAUAAAUAAUCAACUUGAAAAUAUAGUGAUUGAUUUAUCCUAUUUUCAAAAUAUUCUUACGCUUCUAUCCUAUAUACCGAAUGUAAAACGAUUAACAAUAAAUAUAAAUCAACAAAAAUAUUAUAAUCAAGAUUAUGAUGCAGCUGCGUUCGACAUAUUUCGUUUGUCGAUACCAACGCAAUUGACUUAUUUUAAUUUAAAUUUGCGUUUUUCAAAUGUUGAAUUCGAACAUAUUGAACAAUUAUUAAAUUGUUUAGUCAAUUUAAAACAUCUUUGUUGCUCAUCAUUUCGUGUUGAACUUGUCGAUGGUUAUCGAUGGGCGCAAGUGCUUGAACGUCUACCAUUAUUACGUCGCUUUGAAUGUGUCAUGACAACAUAUAUAUAUCAUUCACUUGAUUUGAAUUUAAUUUCUCAAUCGUUUCAAACUUUAUUUUGGAAAGAAAACAAUUGGUCCGUUGUUUGUGAUUAUUUUCAACAUCUCUCUCGAUUAAUUAUCUAUACAAUACCAUUCUAUAAAAAUUUAUUUACGUCAACAUUAAAUGGUUCUCAAUCGUUAAAUGACUGUGACGAUGGAAAUACUUUACCGUGUAAUGCUUAUGAUCGAGUUACACAUCUCAAAGUAUCUGUGCAAGGAUUACAUUCAGACAAUAUACCCGUUCGUAAAUUUCGUUUCGUAACAUCGUUAUCUCUUUGUGAUGGUGAAUCUUACAGUGAUCAUUCAAAUAGUUCGCUUUUGUCUUAUCUAACAUCUACAAUUGAUUUAACGAAAAUUCGUCAUUUAAAAUUAAACUCGUUACUUUCUGGACAUACAUUAUUUUCACUUUUAUGUAAAGCACCAAAUAUCGAUGGUUUAAGUUCAUCGUAUCAUAAUCUUUUGCAAAUGAUUAAUGAUUUCGGCGAUGUUUGGCUGUGUUGGCUAUUAAAUAUGAUGAUAAAAAGGCUGACACUAUCAUAUGGUCGUUUAACAUUAUCGAUUGUUGAUCAAUUUAUUGAACUUUUCUCAAAUAUUGAACAUUUAUCAUUAUGUAUGAAUAUGGAUGACGUUGAUUUUCAGGAAAUUCUAUUGAAACUUUUACAAAAUUUAACGCAUCUUUCAUCGAUUCGUAUUAGCUUAGCAGGAAAGCUAACGGAUCAUUUUCAAUCUCAAACUGUGACAUGGCUUUCAAAUAAUCCAGAAUUACAUUCAGAAUUUAAUGAUAAUUUUCUUGAUAUAUGGAUUACAUAG